AUGGCUUCUACUACUGACUACAAGAUCGACUUCACGACCUUCUACAACGUCAUCAACAAUGAGUUGAAGUCAACCCCCACCACCCGCACCGCCAUCAACCCCUCCACCCUGGCCCCCCUUCCUCCCGUCCCCGUCUCCACCAAGUCCGACGUCGACGCUGCUGUUUCGGCCGCCAAGGCCGCGUUCCCCUCAUGGCGUGACACCCCUGUCGACGAGCGCUCUGCCCUCAUCGACACCUUCGCCGAUGCCAUCCGAGCCAACUUCAUGGAGUUUGCCUCUCUGCUUGCGCUCGAAGGCAAGCCCCCCAUGGCGGCGCAGUUCGAGGUCGACUUCGCAAUCAAGCACUUGAAGGGGACGGCGCAGCUGAGGUUGGAGGAGGAGGUGGUUGAGGAUACCGAGGAGAAGCUCGUCAAGGUGCGGUAUACUCCCCUUGGUGUCGGUGUCGGUAUCGUCCCGUUCAACUACCCCGUGUUUCUGGGUCUCGGCAAGUUGGGACCCGCGGUGUUGGCUGGAAACGCAUUCAUCUGGAAGCCUUCGCCGUACACGCCCAACACCGCGCUGAAGCUGGUUGAGCUGGCGGCUAAGAUCUUCCCCCCUGGUGUUGUCCAGGCUUUGUCUGGCGAGGAGGACUUGGGACCCUGGCUUACUGCUCAUCCCGAUAUUCGCAAGAUCUCCUUCACCGGCAGCACGCCGACGGGCAAGAAGGUCAUGGCUGCGUGCGCCAGCACGCUCAAGCGCGUGACGCUCGAGCUGGGCGGCAACGACGCGGCGAUUGUUUGCGAGGAUGUCGAUCUGGCCCAGGUCGUGCCCAAGGUUGCUCUCGGCGCUUUCAACAACGCUGGCCAACUCUGCGUCGACAUUAAGAGGAUAUUCGUCCACGAAAAGAUCUACGACCAGUUCCUGGCCGGGAUGGUCGAGGCCGUCAAGACGUUCAAGUUCGGCGGGUCCGACGACACCGAGGGCGCCUUCUUCCCUCCUGUUCAGAACGCGAUGCAGUUCGAGAAGGUCAAGGAGAUGUUUGCCCAGAUUAAGAAGGAGGGAUGGAAGCCUGCUAUUGGUGGUGAGGUCGAGGCCGAGGCGGGCGAGAAGAAGGGGUACUACUUCAAGCCUACCAUCAUCGAUAACCCGCCUGAGGAGUCCAGGAUCGUGCAGGAGGAGCCGUUUGGUCCUAUUCUGCCCGUCCUGAAGUGGAACGGCGAUGAGGAUGAGGUGGUCAGGAUGGCCAACAACACCGAUAUGGGACUGGGUGCGUCCGUCUGGAGUAGUGAUUUGGAGAGGGCGGAGAGGAUCGCGAAGAGGUUGGAGGCUGGCAGUCUCUGGAUCAACACCCAUCAGGAUCUGCACGCUAACGUACCGUUUGGUGGAUUCAAGCAAUCCGGCAUGGGGCACGAUUGGGGUAUCAUCGGUCUUAAGGGCUGGUGCAACACCCAGAGCUUGCUUUUGAGAAGGUCAGGGGGUAUUAUUUAA